AAUAAUGAAGUCUAUAUAAAUCUAAUCACAUCAAAAUAUAACUAAAUUGAUAGCCAAACACGAAACCUUCCUCCCUCUCGCCGCCGCUCUAUUCUCAGUACCGCCGGAGAAAAGGAUCAGGAGCUACUACUCCAAACUACUCAACGCCCUCUCCAACGGCCUAGAACAUCUUAGGUAAGCCAAUGUCUCUGCACCGUCAAGACUCGGUCUCUGCAAGCCUUAAAAUCCGUAAAGUCUCAAUCUUUCCCAAUAAGUUAACGGCACUUGGCUCAAGAUUUUGCUGCAGAAUUUUGACUGUUCCAGGUUGUCUGAAUGAUGGAAACAAACACCUCACAAAGCUUUAGUUCUGAUGAUGGGGUGUAUGAUUGUGAUAGUGAUUCUGAGAGUUUUGUCGAGGAUUCACUUGAUGAUGAGCUUUGCUUCGCCUCUGGCGACUUUCCCAAGCUGCAAUUUAGAAAAGAGAGGUCGAAGGUGUGGUGGAUUGAAGAGCUGGGAAUGGCUGAGGUGCUGGAGAAGAAGGGUAAAAUGUGGAUCACGACUGGGAUAAGUCGGAAUGGGAAGACAUAUUGCUCAAUAGAAGAAACUUUAUAUUUAGCUGAGAUUGGUGCCCUGGAUGUCUUGAAUGUUGACGACACUCCUCUUCUCUUGAGUGAUUUGUAUGCAAAGCUAGCAGAAGACCGGGAAAAGUAUGGAUGCUCUUGGGAGUCUUUUGAGGUUUACCGGUGCCUGAAGUAUCUCGGAUAUAUUGUUGGCCGACAUGGUGUGGCUUGGUCCAUGAAGAAUAUGAAAAAUAAAACCAAUGCUGAUGACAGUGUGGGAGAGUCCUGCAGUAUUACUGAUAAGGGAAAUGUAGACUACGGUUUCAUCACAGAUAUGUUUAAUAACAUGCAUCUUGGCGGAACCAGACCAAUAUUUGAUGUUUUCCCUCCUAAUAGCAAGUUCAGAAAGUCUUCCUCAGGAGAUCCAUCUUUUAUGGUGUGCCGAGCCAGUGGCCACCCGCCAUCCAGACAAGAGAUUGAGGACAUUGAGACAUGUUGUGGUCGAAUACCUCUCAAGCUCUACGUGGUCGAGCAUGGGAGGGUCAGUUUCUUGUCGUUCACCAAAGUCGAGUUGCCUGCCCUUCCAUGACCUUUUUGCAGCCAUAUAAAGUUAUAUGUCAACAGAUACAGGAUAUAUAAAUAUGGAGAUUUGAUAUGUUGAACGACAGAUUUUGAACGUCUGUGAGUGCUUUCUUUCUUUCUUUUCACCUGGCAUUUUACAUGCCUUUCGUCUCUUUGCAACAUUAAUCUAUUUCUUGCUCCUUCACACUUUCUCAAUUUUGGAAGCCCCAUUUUAACGAUUCCAGUGAAUUUCUCAUUCUUCACAGCAA